AUGGUGGAUAAUGGAAAUUAUAAUAAUUUGAAUACCAUUGCAAAAGUCAAUUAUUUGCCUUAUGGAAUUGAUUUGCCAACUGGGAUAUUCACUAAUGGCAAGAAUAUAGCGGAUUUGAUAGGUUGCUGUGAUCAGCAUGAACAAGUAAUUAGUAAAUCACAAAGUCAUGAUGUCAAAGAUUGCAGCCUUAGUUGGAGCCUAGCUAUAUACACCAGAGCUAUUUGCUGUGAUUCUUAUCAGAAUUGUGCUGAUGUCUUUUCUUUUCCCCUUUGUAACCUUUUUGAAAGGAAAAAAUGUGUAGACGAAAUAACCCUUGAGCAAGUCAUCAUUUGCAAAGCAGGACACUGUCUUCCUGAAGCUGUUCCGUGCAAUAACAGAGACAACUACAUGUUUUGGGAUGGAUUCCAUCCUACAGAGGCUGCUAAUUUACUUUCUCCUGAAAAGGCAUACCAUGAAAUUGUUGAGACCGAUUGA